GUCACACCAUUUUUUUUUCUUAUUUUACCCCGUAGCGGUUCAUGAAGCUGAUAUGCGCUAGCCGCCUUGUUAAUGUCAUUAGUUUUAUAAGGAAGAUAAUAAAAGCUUUUUGAUGUGGAAACUUGUUCAAAGCGGCUCAAGGUUCAUGCCUGCAUGGCCUCGAUUCUUGGAUAAGUCUACCAUUUAAGUCGAGCAAUGUGGAUGGAUAAUUUGCUAAAAGAAGCCCGUGAUCAUAUGACAUUUCAUUGCAACUUCCUGAGCUAUUUCUGUUUUUUCACAUAAUUCAUUAUGUCAUUACCAAAUGACUCAGGAAACCGAGGGAAAGAGCGAGAAAGGGGAGCCCGUCCAAAGGUGCGACAAAGCCGCUCAGAGGAAAGAAGAGAUGCAGGCAGUGGCCGGAAAAAUGGAAAGGGGAAGAAAAAAGGAGUCUCCUUACAUGAAACGGUAGCUGAGCGGCCUGUCAGUGAUGGGUUUGAGUAUGGCGAGCUGUUAAAUGAGCUGGAGGCCAGGAGCUUAAACUCAUCGUCUCCUCAGGAUAGUUGGAGAUGGCAAGGCUCGGAUGUUGUGUCAUCGUCAUUAGGACCAGACCCUGCUGCCAGACCAGGUUUGGGAACAGUGAGCUCCACCACAGACUUACCUUCUCUCAGUGAAGCAGAGGGUAGGGGGUCAAAUGCCAGUCGCACUCUAAGGCAAAAAAUACAAGAUGCCGUGGGUCAGUGUUUUCCAAUAAAGACACUCAGCGCAGCAGCACCAGCACCAGCUCCACCCCCACAGGCCUUUUCAUCAUCGGCUGCCUGCGCCUCCUCCAGGCGAAAGAUCCAUCUCAGUGAGCUGAUGUUGGAUGACUGCCCUUUCCCUGUAGGAUCAGAGCUGGCUCAGAAAUGGUAUCUCAUUAAGCAGCACACAGCCCCCAUUACACAGCCUCCCCUGUUAGACUCUGCAGUCGUGUGCAGCGCUCCAACUUCAGCGAUGGCCGUUGCGGUGGAAGACGUGGAUGAUAAGUUACGAGAGCGCAGGCGCAUCAGCAUCGAGCAGGGCGUUGAGCCACCCCCCAACGCAGAGAUCCACACGUUUGAGGUGACGGCCCAAAUUAACCCUCUCUACAAGCACGGCCCUAAGCUGGCUCAUGGUAUGAAUGAAUUAGCGGGGACUGAUGGAGUCUCUGCUCAGCAGCAACAGCAGCUUCUUAUCCAAAGACAACAGCAGCAUCAACUUUUGCUACAGAGCUGUUUGGACACUCUGGAUGAAGUUGCGGCAUCGACCUCGACCCCUGAAGUAAACUCUGACCCUUUGGUUGACCCGGAUCUAAAGAUGACCAGUCUGACCUCAAGAGCUCUACGUCCUCAGACUGAGCAUCAUAAAUCUCAUGAAGGCUACCGCAUUCACACCCAGAUUGAUUACAUUCACUGUUUAGUUCCCGACCUGCUGCAGAUCACUAACCUCCCGUGUUACUGGGGAGUGAUGGACCGCUACGAGGCAGAGACGCUGCUGGAGGGGAAGCCCGAGGGCACCUUCCUGCUUCGAGACUCCGCCCAGGAGGACUAUCUCUUUUCUGUUAGCUUCCGCCGCUACGGCCGCUCUCUGCACGCGCGCAUCGAACAGUGGAACCACAACUUUAGCUUCGACGUUCACGACCCCAGCGUCUUCCACGCGGCUACGGUCACAGGGCUGUUGGAGCACUACAAGGACCCCAACUCCUGCAUGUUCUUCGAGCCUCUUCUGUCCAACCCCAUUCACCGCACGCACCCUUUCAGUUUGCAGCACAUCUGCAGAGCAGUAAUAAGCAGCUACACCACCUACGAUGGCAUUAACAUUCUCCCCAUUCCAAAUUCUUUAAAGAAACACUUGAAAGAAUAUCACUAUAAACAGAGAGUGCGCGUGCGGCGGAUGGAUUCUUGGUGGGAGUGAUGAACUCUCAAAAAAUGACUUAAGAACACACUCAGAUGCAUUUUAAGCCUCCUUAAAUAGACUGUUUUCCUGUAUUAACUUACACUACUGUACUUAUUUAUUUAACUCCUAAUGUACAUUGUCACCGUUGUACCAAACCACUUUGAUAAGGCAAUAUGUAACCUCACUGAUUUUGCACACUCCUGACUUCUUAUAGCUGCAAAUAAACAAAAAUGUUUCAGA